AUGUUCUCAGAGUUGAAGUUCCCUGUGCCCUGGGGCCACGUGGCAGCCAAGGCCUGGGGACCCUCAGAGGGACACCCUGUGCUGUGCUUGCACGGCUGGCUGGACAACGCCAACACCUUUGACAAGCUCAUUCCACUGCUCCCCAGAGAUUGCUAUUAUGUGGCCAUGGAUUUUUCUGGCCAUGGCUUGUCAUCCCACCGACCUGCAGGCUCCCCCUACCAUUUUCUGGAUUACGUGAGUGAUGUGCGCCGGGUGGCAGCAGCCUUGCAGUGGAGACGGUUCACCCUGAUGGGUCACAGUAUGGGUGGGUCUGUGGCAGGAAUGUUCUGUUUCCUUUAUCCUGAGAUGGUGGACAAGCUGAUCCUGCUGGAAAAUCUUGGCUUUCUGCUAGCGCCAGAGGACACUGAGGCAUGGCUGAAAUCAAAACGGAUGGUGAUUGACAGAUUACUGAGUCUAGAGGCAAAGCAGCAAACUCCCAAAGCACGUAGCCCUGAAGCAGCAUUGCAGAGGCUCUUAGAAGCAAACAGACAUCUGACAGCAGAGGGUGGGGCAAUCCUACUGCAGCGAGGAGCAACUGAGACGCCUGCCGGCCUGGUAUAUAACAGAGACAUGAGAGUCCGUACGCAGAAUCGAGAGUCCUUCACAGUGGAGCAGUGUGUGAAGCUCCUGCAGAAGAUUCAGGACCGUGUUCUCAUCAUUGUAGCACAAGAUGGACUCUUGGUACCACACAAGCUCAGCAGCAGAAAUCACUUUGUGAAAGCUCUACAGGAGGCAAUUGAGUCUACCCUCAAAGAGCACAUCCAGCUAGUAGAGGUGCCUGGGAGUCAUUUUGUGCACCUGAAUGAACCAGAGGUGGUGUCUGGGAUCAUCAGCAACUUCCUGACAGCACAGAAUGCCAGAGCCAGGCUCUAG